AUGGACGGCUGGCAACCAUUAGCACCAACAAAACGUGCUUCUGGCAUGUAUGCACGUGCAAAUGCAGGUCCAUCAUCAUCAUCAAAAGGGCCAAGUCAAUUUAACGGACCUUCUGAUCCUUUUCCGCCUGUCGGUCCAUUUCCAAGAUCUGUUGCCAUUCGGAUCUUAAGCUUCUUAUCACUCUCAGAACAAAAGAAUUGCGCCUUAGCAGGUCGGGCUUUGGCAAGAGCAGUUGCAGAUGAAAGCAAUUGGAGUCGCAGGCUGGACGCAUUAGAUUGGUGCAGGGUAGAUGGUCUCUCUAUACAAUUUGAAAAGGGAAAUGAUACCAUACAUGAGGAACGCGAGAUCGGUAGAAGGAAGAAAGGCAAGCGGAAAGAAGAAGAUGCAGUGAAUGAAACGGAUAAAGGCGGGAAGCAGAACAAUACAAUUGAUACAAAUUCAAUAGACACCAGCAGCGUUUCUUUUGCUGAUAGUCAAGAUGAUGAUGAUUUCGGGGAUUUUGCUGGACCCAACACGAACAAGGAUGGCUUUGGAGAUUUCAAUUUUGAUAAAUUGCAGAUUGCAGGUGGAUCACUGGCCAGCGGGAUGGCUAGUAAUGCGGGGUCCAUCUUCUCGUACUCAAGUGAGACUACGCUACCCCUGAGCUCAGCUUCGCCCUCCUUUCAAAAGUUGAGGGCAUAUGCCAAAGCAUUAAGGCCGUUUAUCAAAUCCCUGGCUGACCUCUCGGGCCCGCCUACAAAUUCCCUUAUCUUUACAUGCGAUCUUGGUCUGACGGCUCAGACUGCAUUGUUGUCCAAUUUGUUACGUUACAUUUCUACCAGUGUUGGAGGAGGAAGCUCGCAAACCAGCAAAAGAAAGAGUAUCUCAUUAGCUGGAUAUGAUGAGCAAUUCAGUAUUACCACACGAGGGCAAGAAGCGGCACAUAGACUCUUGCAGAACCUACUCUCUUCAUUUGAGGGUACGCUUGCCCGUCGCAUUGAUGCAAUCAGGGCUUCUUCGCAUGGUGCAGAUACUUCAAGGGCUGUGAGAAGGGCAGAAGAUGAUAUGCUAUCUCAUGCGAGUGGAGUAUGGGAACUUGGAAAUGCACGUUUAGCAUUAGCAUUGAGCGAUGGAGAAGAUUUUGAAGCACAGCUGGAGGACCAAUUCGGACGAAUGCAAGCUGCUAAAGUAUUCUUGGACAAAUGCGAGAUUUUGACUGAUCCUGUCAUCAAGCACGAUCCGUUGGCCAAUGUCACCACGCAACAAGGUGUUGCAUCUCUAGACUUCACCCCUAUGGACAAUUUUAUUAGCGACAUUAUCGAGAUUGUAAAGAAGGAUGGGGAGAUUAUCGCUAGGGUGUUUCCACCUGAACAGGAUGUCUUGCUGGCCUAUGCAGAUCGUGUUGCUCAAGAUGUGAUCGGAAAGUAUGUGCGUGCUUUGUUGCAGCACACUCAAGAAAUUUCUUCUCAUCUUUAUCUUCGAAGUUGUGCAGCUACAUUUGCACAAGCAUGGAAGUUGGUCGACGUUUUACUCGCAAUCGAGCCACGCGAUGACACGAUUGUGACGCAAGCCAGAUGUGAGGAUGUUGUCUUUCAUCUGUGGGAGGAGAAUAUGGAGGACUAUCUUUCGAUCGAGAAUCAAUGGGUCCGUCAGGAAAUGCAAGCUGUGACAGAUAAAUGGGACAAUGAUGUCAAAAACGAACAAGCAACUUCGCGUGUGGAUGCCGCUUUCAUUGGUUCCCAGAAUCCAGCUGCUGUCAAAAGGUCAGUUUUGACGGGUUUCAAAGAUGUUCUGCUCUUACCCGUCACUGUUGUUCCUAGAACAGCGGGCAUCGUUGGUGGAGCAGUGAUUCGUACAGCUGGAACGGGAUUAUCCACUUUGAAUCCUUUACGUUGGCAAUCAGGAGGUGCUUCCUCUGGUCAAAAGUCCAGUCAGUUAAAGGCUGAUUUGGCCAAGCAGAAUGGCACAGGGAACGUAUCUACUGUCUCCCUUCCGCGUACGCCGAAUGAAGCAAACGAGAAAGGGUAUAUGGACUUCAGCAAUGGUACCAUUGGCACGAUGGACUCGGAUAGUGAAGAUGAAGAAGAUGCAUACGGUAAUGGGAUUGGAGAUGACAUGAAUGACAUUGAUGAGUGGAAUCAAGAAGUUGCAGUUUGGAGCGCUGUUGCCUCUACACGACCGAACGAGAAAAAAGAGAAAAGGAAUAAAGACAAGGUGAAACGCUUGAAUCCCACUCCAAGAAAUUUCACUUCUCCUCCCGCUUCUGUCGCUACGCCUUCCACGCCAGUAACGCCAACGACACCAAAUACGCUCACGGAGAUGCAACUGUUGCUCAGUUUGGACACGGCAUUACAAGUCAUCCACGUGAAUCGUGAUUGCCUUAAGAGGAUCGAAACAUUCAAAAAGUAUCCUCAUCCGUAUGGUGAAAAGGUAUUGGAGGCUAUUGAAGAAGUUUCCCUCUUACUUUUCCGCGCAUUAGGUGAAGGUCACAUUGCUUCUGGGUUUGAGAAAGCAAUCAAACAAAUCCAAGAUUGGCGACCGGAAGAACAUGCAGCGGUAAAGACGAAUGGGAGCGAAAAAGGUGGAGAGCAACAACAAGUUGAGCCGUUAGUGCACUUUUUCGAAUUGGUUCAUGUUGGUGAUACGAUUGCUCAAAUGGUACAAGUGUACUUUGAUCAAGAAAUGUCAAGACAUAUUGACAAAAAUGAUUUCUUGAAUGCGGUCGUCAAAGGAAGGAAAAAGUUUGAAGGAAAUUUGGAUGAAGCUGUGGCGAGAGGAUUGAAUGCAGGCGUGGAUCUCUUGUUAGGUCAAGCAGAACAUAUCAUCACUUCUCUUCAACAGCCUAAAGAUUACAACCCACCUGCCGGACAUUUGCCAGAUCUGACUCCUACACGAGCCUGUCGUGAGACUGUUGAAUGCUUGAAAGUUCAUUGUCGCAUGUUGGUAGGCGCGGCCGAUAAGAACGUCUUAGAGGUAUUCUAUCAAGAAGUCGGAAUUCGCUUGCAUACGAUUAUUUGCAAACAUUUGAAAUCACAAUUGAUUUCGCUAGAUGGUGGCUUUAGAGUGAUUGCAGAUUUGAACGAAUAUCAUGCUUUCGUCGUCACACUUCGACAACCUCAACUGACGGCCGAUUUCGAUUCGUUAAAGAUGUUGGGUAAUCUGUACAUCAUUGAUAAUCCGAAAGAAUUAGCCAAAUUGGCACGAGAUGCAAACAUGUUCGGCGGAAGUCUAAGCCCAGAAGAUCUUUACGAAUUCUUGCAAGCACGAGCGGAUUUUCGAUCGAUCGAAAAAGCAAUUGAUAAAGAAAUGUACGGAUUCAAAGUUUCAGAAGAUUGCUGUAUCUGUUGA